CCGCGACAAGUGCCAGACGAUUGAUAUCCUCAAUUCGAUAUCCUCUGCAAUAUCAAUCGCCCACCAUGGCCCCCUCUCAGCUCCCCCCGAUCUUCAACCCCACCUCCCAGGACAUUGAGAUGCUCCUUGCCGCUCAAUGCCACCUCGGAUCCAAGAACCUCCAGUCUCACAUGGAGCCUUACCUCUGGAAGACUCGCCCCGAUGGUGUCAAUGUCAUCAACAUUGGCAAGACCUGGGAGAAGAUCCUCUUGGCUGCCCGUAUCAUCGCCGCCAUUGACAACCCGGCCGAUAUCUGUGUCAUCUCCGCUCGUCCCUACGGCCAGCGUGCUGUCCUGAAGUUCGCCUCCCACACCGGUGCCACCGCCAUUGCUGGUCGUUUCACCCCCGGUAACUUCACCAACUACAUCACCCGCUCUUUCAAGGAGCCCCGCCUGAUCAUCGUCACCGACCCUCGCACCGACGCCCAGGCCAUCAAGGAGGCCAGCUACGUCAACAUCCCCGUCAUCGCUCUUUGCGACACUGACUCCCCCACCGACUUCGUUGACGUUGCCAUCCCCACCAACAACAAGGGUCGCCACGCCAUCGGUCUCGUCUGGUGGCUCCUUGCCCGUGAGGUCCUCCGUCUCCGUGGUACCCUCGCUUCCCGUGAGGUUGACUGGGACGUCGUUGUCGACCUCUACUUCUACCGCGACCCUGAGGCCGAGGAGAACAAGGAGAUCGCCGAGGAGGCCAAGGUUGCCUCCACUGAGGAGGUCGGCCCUGCUGCCAUCGAGUCUGGCUUCGCUGGUGAGAACUGGGAUGUCCAGGGUGCCGGUGCUGGUGUUCCUGGCACUGCUUUCGCUGCUGCUAGCGCUGCUGGUGCUACCAGCUGGGAGGCUGACGGUGCCGACUGGGCUGCCAGCUCUGCCGCUCCUGCUGGUGAGAGCUGGGCUGAGACCCAGCCCGCCGAGGGCAAGUGGUAAACGUCUGAACUCGGUGAUGAGGAUGGCCGUUGAGAGGGCAUCAUGAUUAUUUUCUUUCCACGAAACAAUGGCGAUUGGUUGAGGGUGACGAGGACUCCUCGAUCAACAAGGAAAUGCCGCCCGGCGUUUCCCUGCAAAGAAAAGAAUCCCUUGUCGUGUCUAUCCUAGUCUCUGUUUCAGCAUUUAUCUCAAAAAGACAAAGAAGAAAAAAGAGGAAAAGAAUCAAC